UCAAUAGGACACUCUCUUGUGUAAACAACCCCAUUGUUUGCAACCUGUUUCCUAUCUGUAAGAUGUGGGCCUGUUGGCACUUGAGAUUUGUUUGUUUAAAGUAUACAAGUCUUGUACUUUAUUGUGGCGCAGGAGUGUGGGGGAGCUCUGUGCCAAGUGUGAAACCUUAUGUCAUCCCCUGUUUUAAUCCCCAGAGGUGGAGAUUAAGCCAGAUCUCAUCCCUGAGAUUGAGCAAGGCGCAGGUUUGGGUGUAGAUUGCUUUUGUUGGAUAGUUCAAAGGAAAAUACAUGUCCUACAGGCUUAACUGUUGCUUGGUUGAUGCAUGUAAGAAGGAGACACAGAGAGCAGACAGCUUUGACUUGGUUACAGGAAAAUGGAAGAAUCACCUAUCGGCUACAGAGGCUUGUUCCCGUUCAGAUGUGAUGUAGACUCUGUCCAGCAGUGGCUGAUAGAUAUUCGCCUGAUGCCGGAGCAAGAAUGUACAACUGUCAUGGAAACCAAACCAAUCCACAACUCACCACUAAACCUGGAAAACCUGGCUGCAACGGUCAAAGAAAGUGUCUACAGAUUACAGAGCAUUAAAGAUGGCCUCUUCUCAGAUCUUUCACAGAUUUACAUAAAUCAUAAGGAAGGAAUCAGCAGCCAGUUUCGUCCCCUGAUCCUCUCGCUUAACAUCAGGAUUAAGGCCGGUCUGGGAGAAUGUUCUAAGCUCUGUCCAGAACUGCAAAAUAUGGAACAGAAGCAACAGGAGAUUAUUGAUGAGAUGAGGAACCUGAUCAGAAGUUUUGAUAUGUGUUUAGAUAUAAGUGACCAAUCAGUCAAGCUGUUCAUACAAUCUCUAACGACUGUAGCCAAAGCUAUCAAGGCUUAUCUUGAAAUGGUCCAAGGUGCUCUCGUUCGGAAACUGGUAGAUAUGGUGCAAGGUGCAGCCACCGAGCUCAACGUCAAAUUUGCCGUUCUCACCGUCCACAGCCUGGCACAGGACGGGGUCUGGCUGCGGAGACUACUCAUACAGGAGGACACGAUGAGGGCGCUAUUGGCCAUCUGUCGGAUCACGACAUUCUCGAUACGCAGCAUUCCGAUGACGGCCCUGGAGAUUGUUUCCAUACUUUGUACAGAGGUAGAAGGGAGAGCUGAGCUUGAGAAGGUAGGAGGAGUGGGUGCGCUGAGUGAGAUUCUUGCCUCGCCGAUCACUCUGGAGGCGGUGAAGAAGGAGGCUGCGUCCGUCCUUGCGGAGAUCACAUCGCCGGAUGCUGAUAUCUUUCAUCGUAUGCUGUGCUUCAUAGAGCACAUGGAGGAUCUACUCAGAAACCUUACAGUCUUGUGUGACCAGACCUCAAGCCCUGGUGUGUUUCUGGUGGCGACCACUGCAAUAGCAAACAUCACAUUCAUGGACGCCAUGGCCUCGGAUUACUUGGCCGAGUUUCAAACUGCAGAAGUCUUGAUACAAGGCUAUCUGAAGGGAAAGGCACCAAGCAUCUACAGCAAGCAUCAGGUCAUCACCAUCAUUGCGAACAUCUCGUGUUCCAAGUCCUGUCGUGAGCAGAUCGUAUCCUCCGGCGGGAUGAACAUCCUCGCAGAACUUCUCCAAGGAGUCCCGUCCACCAGCCGGCCCACUUCCCUCUCCAGGAAGCUCAGCUUCGAUGGGAACGUAUCACUGGGGCAGAUGGGGGAGGAGAGCGCCUACGAAGACAUCUAUCAGAAAGCGGCAACGGCUCUCGGGCGGCUGUGCCAGGACUACGAGACUUGCAAGAUGGCGGUGGACUUGAAAGUGGUAGCUAGACUGGCUGACCUAUGCAAGCAUGCAAGAGAGAGGAAUCAUAGAAGUGAUGUACUAGUAGCAUGUCUGGCUGCCCUAAGGAGAAUCCACAGCCACAUAGGGUCGUCUCCUUUGAAAGAGAACGAUGUAGAGCAGCUGAUCCAGCCUCGUCUUAUGGAAUCCUUCCUCCACUGCUCCACCACGGUCAGGAGAGAGACAUUUGUGUGACCUUUGACCGUUGAUCAGCCUCCUAAGUCAUCCUACAUUACGCUAGCCUGUAUGUCAUUUAGAAUUACCUUUCAUCGUUGACCAUUGGUUCCCACCUUAAUCUUUGGAAUCCUUCCUACACUGCUCCAGCACUUGUAUGACCUUUCACCUUUGGAAGAGAAAUAUUUGUAUGAUUUUGACUCUGUGAUUCAGCUCACCUUAUGGAAUCCUACCUCGAACUCCAUUGCUAUAUAGGCCUUUGUGUGUGUGUGUGUGUGUGAGAGGGAGAGAGAGAGAGAGAGAGAUAGAAAUGUAUGACCCUUGACCUUUGACAAAGUCUUCCAUUUUCCGACCUUCACAGCUCUUGUCCUGUCAGACAGCACAAACUCAAGUGACCUUUGACUUUUGACCCAUCGUUGUAGAAGACAACAUGAUGAUUAGAGACAAAUUUAAGUUAUGCAUCAAACGAAAUCUCCUUCAACUCAAACUUGCCACAUUUUGUUUUUUUGUAACCUUUGAAUCAGGAGGAAAAAAAAUGAGAAGCUGGAAAUGUAAGUGGAAGAAAGAGUGUGAAUUACAACUGCAACUAUACCAAACAAAUCAGGUUAUAAUUGAAUUGAUGAAGCAAGCUACACAUGUAUACUGUAUGUACAUUUUCAGUAGCAAAAGUGCAAUCAGAUUCAUUUACAUGGAACUGUUACUUUACCUAAAUCAACUCUGUUUUUUGGGGGUAUGAAAUCAGAAUUAUCAAUUUAUCAUGGAAUGUUACCUUGUUUUUAGGGGCAAAUCUUUAAAAAAAGUUAAACAAUCAUGGUUAUGAAAAUGAAAAUUUGAAAAAGAAAAUAUGUUUGUAUUUUUGUAUAUCAUCAUUCAAAUUAAGUAUUUCUAUUUUAAUACACCUUGGAAAAACAAUGUACCAAAGAAAUAACAGAAAACAUGUAUUUAUUUUGAAAAAGUUGAUCAAAUAAUAGUUCCAAAAUAUUUUGUUGGUGUCAUCAAUGUGCAUUUAGAAUUUAGGGAAUGAGUGUAGAAGCAUGAGGCCUUAUUCAAUCAACUCAUAUUUCAUGUUUUCUAUCAAUAAUCAUGAACGUCUUGAAAAAUAUAAUUUAGCCAUAUAAUGACCCUCUAUUGAUUCAGUAUUACGUACAGUACUCCUUUAUGAAAAUGAGGACGUCCACUUUAUAUUUUCUCUGUACAUAUUUUUUGUACAAGUAAGUCCAUGUAUACAUUAAUUGAAAAUUCUGACUUAAAAUUGGUAUUGUGUAAAAUCAUGUAGUCAAUUUGAACCUGUCUUAGUGGCUACCUCUCCAUAAAGACCACCUGUCUGUAGUGGUCAUGCAUUUUGUCUCCCUGUAGAUAGAAGUGUGUAAAGACGAACAUGUCUGGAAAGGCAACCUGUCAACAGUGGCCACUUUUUCUGUUUUCCUCAUUGGGUGGCCUUUAUAGACAGGUUUGACUGUACUUUUAUUGCAUGUUGAUUAUGUAUAUUGAAGAAGCAAAAUACAUGAAUACAAUGUCUAUAAUAUUUAUGACUGAAUCCCAAUCACAGCUCACAGAAUUAGGAGACAUGAAUAUAGUGCGUACAUGUAAUUAUAUGAAGCCCAACAUUAGCUUCCAAAUUUAUUUAUUAUGGACUAAGUAUUUACAAUCUUGAAGCUAACUGUAAGUGCAGUCCAACCCAUCUCAGCAUUUGUAAGUUGUCAUCAGGGACAACUCAUAAUAUAUGUAAUUUCUUUUGCCAAGUGCCUGAGAGUGCAUAAUUUAGUUUUGUAUAAGUUUAGAGAAGUUUAAUACAAUAGAUCAGAUUUAUAUGGGUAUGUUUGAGAGUAUUGCAUCAUGGCUAAUUCUUUUUGAAAGAGUUUACCAGUUUAUUGUUUUGUUUGUUUAU